AUGGCCUCGGAAUUCAACAAGGGGUCGGAACUCGAUGCCCAUGAGCGGGGUAUAUCUGCCGCGGUAGAAACUCAAGAUUCACCCACAUCUCCACCCGCUUUUAUCAAAGAUGAUGGCCUUCAUGGCUCUCUUCAAGUCGUUGGUGCUUUUUUAAUUUUGUUCAAUGUCUGGGGCAUAAACUUUGCGUUUGGAACAUUCGAAAGUUUCUAUGCACUUACUUACAUUCCAUCCUUCACGGCAUCUUCCAUAUCAUGGAUUGGUACCAUUCAAUCUUGGCUUCUGAUUGCCUGUGGCCUAUUUUCCGGCCCGCUUUUUGAUCGUGGCCACUACGCGGUCAUGCUCUUGUCUGGAAGUAUUUUGGCCGUUUUUGGGUUCAUGAUGCUCAGCCUCUCUCAUGAAUUCUACGAAAUCUUCCUAAGUCAAGGUGUAUGCAUGGGGCUUGGAUUUGGACUGUUAUACACACCCAGUAUUGCACUGGUUAGUCGCUCUUUUACACGCAGGCGAGCUUUGGCUCUGGGUGUAGCGACAAGUGGUGCACCCGCAGGAGGCAUCAUCUAUACCAUCAUGUUCAACCAGCUUAUCCUCAAGACAAGUUUUGCCUGGACUGUCCGCAUUAUGGGGCUGGUGAUGCUUGUCUUGUUUACUGUCGCUGCUGUUCUUCUCUUCUCCCAAAGAAAAGCGAUGGAGAAGAUUGAUGACAGUCGACCCAGAAAGCUGAUUGACUUGAGAGCAUUCAAGGAUCUUCCUUUUUGGAGCUUCACCAUCGCCAACCUUUUAAUUUACCUUGGUUACAUAACGCCGUAUUAUUACAUUCCGACCUAUGCGCAGACGACGCUACACACAUCACAGUCGCUGGCUUCCUAUGUCCUCGUGAUCUCACAGGCUUCAUCAAUAGUCGGCCGCGUUGGUACAACCUGUUUAGCUCACUACUACGGCUCAAUGGUCUCAUGGAUUCUUUGUGCUUUGCUCUCGGGCAUUCUAUGUCUGAGCUGGAUAAGUGCCAACACUCUUCCGCGUUUUAUCCUAUAUUCGGCCUUUUACGGUGGCAUAUCCGGUGCCCUGGUUCCUCUUCCACCAAGUGUCUUUUCACAUGUCUGCCCAGACUCCACAUCCCUGGGAACCUGGUUCGGAAUGGCGCAAAGCAUCAGCAGCAUUGCGUCGCUGACGGGACCUCCAAUUGCCGGAGCACUCGCUUCUAUUGGCUCUCGUAGUAGUGAAAAUCUCAAUUUUCUCGGCAUUCAACUAUUUGGUGGUAUUACCAUGGUUCUUGGUGCAUUUGAAUUGAUGUUUUUGUGGUAUUUACUUCGCAAGACUAGAGACAAGAAGGGUCUAUUUUGA